UGUAAUUUAAAAUUUUUAUUUUUAAAUUUUUUGUAAAUAAAUAGACAUCCUAUUUCAAAUUCCUAUUUCUUAAACGUUUCGUAGGGUCUAAGCCCCAGUUUAUUAGUACUAAGAAACAAUUCUAAAACUCAAUUAAUUGGGAUUUACAAGCAGUACUAGUAAAACAUUGUCAACAUGUCCUUAAGUGAAGCUGAGAAAACAUUUAUCCUGCAUGGAGUUUCUGAAAAUUUUAGAGUGGAUGGCAGAGAUAGGGAAGGAUACAGACCCAUGGAACUAGAAACUGAUAUCGUUCAACAUGCUUUUGGUUCAGCAAGACUACGACUGGCAAACACUGAUGUUUUGGUUGCAGUAAAAAUUGAAGUGGACACCCCUUUUCCUGAAAGGCCUUUUGAAGGCAAAAUUGAAUUUUUUGUAGAUUGUUCUGCCAAUGCCACACCUGAUUUUGAAGGCAAAGGGGGAGAAGACCUGGCAAUAGAGUUAGCCAACAUACUGGCAUCAUCCUAUGACUCCCGGGAAGCCCUAGAUUUGAGGAAAUUGUGCAUUUUAAAAGGAAGGAAGUGCUGGAAAUUGUAUGUGGAUAUAUUGAUUCUUGAGUGUGGUGGUAACCUUUUUGAUGCAGUAUCUUUGGCAGUAAAAGCUGCUCUAUUUAACACACAAGUACCAAAAAUAAAAAAUGUCAACAUAGACGGAGAUAAUGUGGAUAUAGAGGUGUCAGAUAAUAUCCAUGACUGUGAGAGUUUAGAUGUUUUAAAUGCACCAGUUUUGGUUACACUAUGUAAAAUAGGAGACCAUUGUAUAGUAGAUCCAAGUAUGUCAGAGGAGCAAUGUACUGUAGGUUCCACUGUGGUGGCAGUAUCAAAUGAUAGAUUCACUACAAUAUCAUCAAUUGGCAUUGGUUCUUUGCAUGAAGACACUCUGUUAGAUAGCUUAGAGUUAGGCAGGAAAGUUGCUUCGAGGCUAAAUGAUGCUCUUAUUGAUAGUCUCAAUAAUAUGAAGCAACAGCAAGAUGUGGGAUUUUUAAAAUGAUUAAAUUUAACCAAAGCAAUUAAAUAUAAAUUACUAAGCAAAAGAAAAUUUGUUGUUACUCUUCAAUAAUUGUAAGUAUAGGUAUCUUCCUACUUACGCUUUUUGUAAAGCUUUGUAGAUUGUGAAUAUGAUUACAAGCUUAACCAUACUAGGAUUUUUUAUAUAAAUUAAAAAAUUUUAAAAAUA